GCCGGGGGGCUGCCGGCCGACGCCGCCACCGCCGCCGCGCCGAUCUCCAUCAUGGGCUUGAUGCCGCUCAGCCCGGCCGAGGAGGACCAGAAGAGCAAGAUCGGGCGCGGCGUGCUGCCCGCCGUGCAGCUGGCCAUGGACCAGAUCCGCAACGAGUCCCUGCUCCACCCCUACUUCCUCGACCUGCGCCUCUACGACACCGAGUGUGACAAUGCAAAAGGACUCAAAGCCUUCUAUGAUGCAAUAAAAUAUGGACCUAAUCACCUGAUGGUUUUCGGUGGAGUAUGUGCAACAGUCACCUCUAUCAUUGCUGAGUCUCUAAAAGGAUGGAAUUUGGUUCAGCUUUCAUUUGCUGCAACCACCCCAGAAUUAGCUGACAAGAAAAAAUAUCCUUAUUUCUUCCGGACAGUGCCAUCCGAUAAUGCAGUGAAUCCUGCAAUUUUGAAGUUUCUCAAAUAUUAUCGGUGGAAGAGGGUAGGAACUCUAACUCAGGAUGUACAAAGAUUCUCAGAGGUGAGGAAUGAUCUAACAGACGUUUUGUAUGGUGAAGAUAUUGAAAUUUCAGACACUGAGAGUUUCUCCAAUGAUCCCUGCACAGGUGUCAAGAAGCUCAAGGGCAAUGAUGUUCGGAUAAUCCUUGGUCAAUUUGAUGAGCAAAUGGCAGCAAAAGUAUUCUGUUGUGCAUAUGAUGAGGAGAUGUAUGGCAGUAAAUAUCAAUGGAUAAUUCCUGGCUGGUAUGAAAGUUCCUGGUGGGAAUCUUGGAUUAAUUCUUCGCAGUGUCUCAGGAAGAAUCUUCUCACUGCCAUGGAAGGUUACAUUGGAGUGGAUUUUGAACCCCUUAGUUCAAAAGUGAUAAAGACCAUAUCAGGAAGGACUCCACAACAGUAUGAAAAGGAAUACAAUGCUAAACGUGGAGAUGGACAGUCCAGUAAAUUUCAUGGUUAUGCCUAUGAUGGAAUAUGGGUGAUUGCCAAAACGCUACAGCGGGCAAUGAAGUAUCUCAAUGCUACCAACAGGCACCAAAAAAUUGAGGAUUUUAAUUACACAAACCAUAAACUUGGCAAAAUUUUUCUGGAUGCUAUGAAUGAAACUAACUUCUUUGGUGUAACGGGUCAAGUUGUAUUCAGAAAUGGAGAGAGGAUGGGAACCAUCAAAUUUACACAAUUUCAAGAAAGAAAGGAAGUGAAGGUGGGAGAAUAUAAUGCUGUAGCUGACACAUUGGAAAUAAUCAACAACACCAUCAGGUUCCAAGGAGUAGAGCCUCCAAAGGACAAAACCAUUAUCCAAGAACAGCUGCGAAAGAUUUCUUUGCCUCUCUACAGUAUUCUCUCAGCCCUUACUAUCCUAGGGAUGAUCAUGGCCAGCGCUUUUUUGUUCUUUAACAUCAAAAACAGAAACCAGAAGCUAAUAAAGAUGUCCAGUCCCUACAUGAACAACCUUAUUAUCCUUGGAGGAAUGCUUUCCUAUGCAUCAAUUUUUCUCUUUGGUCUUGAUGGAUCUUUCGUCUCUGAAAAGACAUUUGAGACACUUUGCACAGUCCGAACAUGGAUUCUCACAGUAGGCUACACAACUGCAUUUGGAGCAAUGUUUGCAAAAACGUGGCGUGUUCAUGCAAUUUUCAAAAAUGUAAAAAUGAAGAAAAAGAUCAUUAAGGACCAGAAGUUGCUGGUGAUAGUUGGAGGGAUGCUGCUGAUUGAUCUUUGCAUCUUGAUUUGCUGGCAGGUAGUGGAUCCCUUAAGAAGGACAGUGGAAAAGUACAACAUGGAGCCGGACCCUGCAGGCAGAGAUAUUUCCAUCCGACCAAUCUUGGAACACUGUGAAAACACACACAUGACCAUUUGGCUUGGCAUUGUCUAUGCCUACAAGGGACUGCUUAUGUUAUUUGGCUGUUUCUUAGCAUGGGAGACUCGAAACGUCAGCAUUCCUGCUUUGAAUGACAGCAAAUACAUCGGGAUGAGUGUAUACAAUGUGGGGAUAAUGUGUAUUAUUGGUGCAGCAGUUUCAUUCCUCACUCGAGAUCAGCCCAAUGUUCAGUUUUGUAUUGUCGCUUUAGUCAUUAUAUUCUGCAGUACCAUUACACUCUGCCUUGUGUUUGUACCUAAGCUAAUCACACUGAGGACAAAUCCAGAUGCAGCCACGCAGAACAGACGAUUCCAGUUCACUCAGAAUCAAAAGAAAGAAGACUCAAAAACAUCAACAUCAGUCACCAGCGUCAAUCAGGCCAGCACGUCUCGGCUAGAAGGGCUGCAGUCAGAAAACCACCGCUUGAGAAUGAAAAUCACAGAGCUGGAUAAAGAUUUAGAAGAGGUCACAAUGCAGCUUCAGGAUACACCUGAGAAGACCACAUAUAUUAAGCAGAACCACUAUCAGGAUCUUAAUGAUAUCCUCAGUAUACGGAACUUUACUGAUAGUAAAGAUGGUGAGAAAGCUGUUUUGAAAAAUCACCUUGAUCAAAAUCCACAAGCACAGUGGAGCACAACAGACCCCACCAGAACAAACAAAGAUCCUAUAGAAGACAUCAACUCUCCAGAACACAUACAGCGCCGGCUGUCUUUACAGUUGCCCAUUCUUCACCAUGCCUAUUUGCCAUCCAUAGGAGGAGUUGAUGCUAGCUGUGCCAGUCCAUGUGUAAGCCCCAGUGCCAGUCCUCGGCACAGACAUGUGCCACCAUCUUUUCGAGUGAUGGUUUCUGGCCUGUAGAAAUGGGAGAUCAGUGCUUCCAGAACUGCUUUUAAGUACUCAAUGACUGGACUGAAUGUCUGAUAUUGAACUUGGCUAUAAACAUACUACUGGCUCUUAACCACUGAGGAACUACUGCUAAGGCAGUCGUCCUGGGAGUAUCACUGUAACUCAUGUGGAAAGGCAAGAAAGAGAAAUAUCCAGAGUUUGAUCUGUAGCCUUAUUCAUGGAGUUUUUAUUUCUUCACAAAGAAGUAAGUGAAAAUAUUUCUUCCCAAAUUUCUACUAGCAAGAUGAGGCUGGGAAAUAUGAAUCUUGCAAAAAAAUAAGAACCUCCCCCACUCAGAUGUCACUGAGCUUUACACGGCUGCUGAACACGUGGAACUUUACACUGUAUCCAUGUCAGAAAAAUAAAAUGGUAGAGCUAUAACCUAUUUAUUGAAAUAGAUACACUUCAUUUUACAAGAGUCGUGUUAAAUUGUUGGAAGCAUUUUGCACCGGUUAGUCUUGCUUGUGUUCAUUUCAGGGAUGGUAUUAUGUGAGAAAGGGGGAUUUGGAGAAAUGGUUCCUCAAGUGUCAUUCAGACUCUGCAUUGCUAACAGCAGGAGCCCUAUAACUAAAAGCUGUAUGGGGGCAGAAGCAGAGCCCGCAGCAACAGCUUGGAGUUGUUACCAGGUAAAGAGCUGCUGUUCUGAGUCAGAGCUCUUUACAGUUCUCCAGGGAUAAGAUAUGGCAAUUGCCAGGCUCCAGUGCUGACCAUCUGGGAUUUCAUUUUGACAGAGUUUUUGCAUCUAUUUCUAAAUAAACACAUCCAACUGCAAAGCAUGGAACUGGCUGGAAAACUCCCAAGGCUGAUAACCCAAGAAGGUGAGGACAGAUGGGCAGUAAGGACUUAAUGUCAAAGGAUGGGUUGUUUUUCACAGUUUGUUUGAAUUCUGCCACACAUAAAUACAAUACAGUUGAGUGGGUGGGGGGAGGGUUUAGGGCACAGGCCAAUUCUACAGUGCACAGACAGUAUAUACACUACCUUUGCUUCGUACCUGCGUGUGUGACAGUUGUAGCUGGUAUAAAUCAAGUUUACCCAUAGAAUAUUUUGUUCUAAUAUCUAAAAAAAAAUGUGAAAAAGCACUUGUUUUAACCUCUCUACUGAUAUAAACUGAUGGUUUUCCAUAUCUGGGAUCAUACCUUGGCGCUCUUCCCAGGAAAUGACAGAUUGCCAUUAAAAUUAGUGGCAAGUUCUCCUACCUGAAUCAGAUCUUUCCCUCAAAUAUUAGUGAGGUAUGAUCCCAGCCGAUUCUCCAGUGCAUUGGCAAUGUGAUAUCACUGCCAUGAUCAGUGAUUGUCCUAAGCCACAUUAAAAUAUUGUCCAGAUAAAAAUAAACAGAAGUGCUUAAUCCUUUUUAACUGAUUCCUGCACACCUCAACCCCUCCAAAAUGAAUUUUCCAUAAGCAUUUCUAGAGUAGAAGUGACUAAUGAGCAUCUUCCAGUACCUGCAUAAUGCGGAAGGCUCUUCAGUUGAGGGACUGAAUUACAACUGGCAUAAAUCUCUCUUCAAAGUCUCAGAAUAGACCAAAACAAUCUAAAAUAUGAUACAUCAAUAGCUUACAAACAGGAGCAUCACAAAGUAUUUUGCUUGGCACAUGGCGUAAGAGAGGGGUUAUGGAGGUACCUGUAGCUUGUAGAACAAAAACAUGUAAGUAUAACACAGGUAAAAUAGAACUCAUUAUUCUGUUUAAGCACUAAACAUUGACGUUGUCACUCAAUGUGCGUUGACAGUAUUCUCUUGCUUUAUUAAUUUCAUCAGGGCCUGGAUUAUUUUAAACGGAAUGUUAAUUUUUAAAAGAGAAAAGGACAAUAUUGUAUAUAAUGUAUACACAAACAUCUCUGUAGAAAUAUUAUUCCAACAUAGCAGGAAAAAAAAUCAAAAGUAUUGGACUGUUGGAGGUGAGUGUGUGUGUGUCUGUAACUCUUCGUGAAUACUGACUGUGUGCCGUUUAUUAGGUUUAAAACAUGCAGUACAUUCUUUGUCUCAAUGAUCCUGUAGUUUCUCCCAUUACACUUUUUUUUUAAUUUCCUGCAAAUAACAAGACCCACAAAAUGAAUAUAGCUAUUUAAUGUUUCUGUUCUUUUAUACUGCAGCAAAAAUGUACUAUAAAUUUAUGAAGAGGCUGUGCCCCAAUGGCAUUUUCCAAUGAUGUUAGUGCACAAAUGCUUUAAACUAGACUGGAACUGCCAGAAUAAAAUGUAAAUGAGGAAUUUCUUGUAUAACCUUAUACUGCAUGAGAUCAAUUUUUAAUAAAUUGUUGCAAAUCUGUUUUUAUGAAUAAAAUAUAGAAAAUCUAA